CGCGAGCAGCCGCGACGCCAUUUGCUGCGGCCAAGCGUGGAUGCAGGGGCACCUCGGGAGAACUGGGUCGCGAGACUUUGAUAUCGUGCGGUCCCACGCGUCGCCCCUCUCGCCCCUCAGAGGAGUCUCCUCGUCCUUCGCCGCCCCCGCUGCCGUCCAAGAAGGAGUCGAAGACGCCGCGAGGCCGCCGUCGCUGCCAUGCCCAAGAAUAAAGGUAAAGGAGGUAAAAAUCGACGCAGAGGUAAGAAUGAGAAUGAAUCUGAAAAAAGGGAGCUGGUGUUCAAAGAAGAUGGACAAGAGUAUGCACAAGUAAUCAAAAUGUUGGGAAAUGGACGAUUAGAAGCAAUGUGUUUUGAUGGUGUGAAGAGGUUAUGCCACAUUAGAGGGAAAUUGAGAAAAAAGGUUUGGAUAAAUACCUCAGAUAUUAUUUUGGUUGGUCUACGAGACUACCAGGAUAAUAAAGCUGAUGUAAUUUUAAAAUACAAUGCAGAUGAAGCUAGAAGUCUGAAGGCAUAUGGCGAGCUUCCAGAGCAUGCUAAGAUUAAUGAAACUGACACAUUUGGUCCUGGAGAUGAUGAUGAAAUCCAGUUUGAUGACAUUGGAGAUGAUGAUGAAGACAUUGAUGAUAUCUAAAUUGAACUCAACAUUCUACAUUCCAAUUUCUCUGAGGAUUGUUCAACAAUUUGGAUUUUGGCUAUGACCUGAUAAGAAGAUUAAAAUUUCAUUAGCUUCAGUGCAAUUUGUUACAGCAGGAUGAUUUGUUCCUAAGGUAUUUCUUCAAAAACCAGUAAUGCUGAACCCUCUUAAGUGAAAUGUUAAGCCCACUUUGUCCUUUUGAUGUAAUGGAGGUUAUGGAUGAAAGACCACUUGUAAGUUAAUGGAUGUUUUGAAUAAACCAUUUCCUCUACAUUCAUUAUGGGUUAUGAUUAAGCCCUAGUUUUGAUAGCCUAUUGACUGUACAGUGGCUUUCUAUAUUUCCCAGUUACCUAGAUGUUCCCUUGAGAUUUUGGUAAACUUAAGGGAGGCACAGGUCUGCAUUUGAAGUAAAAAUUGACUGGGUGUUUUUCAUAUUUUAAGUAGCAUGUGGCUAUUUUUAUACUUAUUUUGAUAUCGUAUUCUUUUCAUGACUUUAUUUUGCCACUGUAAACAUAUAAAAAAAAACAUUUCCAAAUGCAGUUUUUAGAACCUUGGUUUUAGUAGCAGUUUUGCAUUAUUAAGGUUAGUAGUUGCAGAAAUCAAACACUAGGUUAGGGCCCAGUUGUCUCAACAUUGGAAGUAUUGAUAGAAUUGUUAACUUUUUUUUUUAACUUAACAGUGCAUAGGAAAUUUUCCAAACAAGAAAAGAUUGUUUUGAUCAUAGGUAUGUAUGUAGAAUAUUUUUUCAGAACAAGAAGAUUGUUAAAAGUAUCAUUUCAGAAUUCAUACACAUACAAGCUACAAUUUUGAGUGCUUUAUAAACACUUAAAUUGUGUGUGAAUGAAACUUAAUUUCAUAACAACUUGUACAAAGCAAACCUUUUUUUAAAUUAUCCCAAACUGGGGAAAGGAGGAAAUAAUAACUUAAUGAAAGAUGGUCUUUAAUUUCUGAAUGGAAGAGCUACAGCUGAGAAAUACGAUAAAAACAAUGUCAUGCUGUGCAGUAUAUUAUACCUUUACUUUGUGAUUAGGACAUAUUUUGUUGUGUGUACAGAUUUUUUUGUUUGUAUCUUACUGGAAAUUUAGGUUUACCUUUCCUUAGUUUUUCAUUAUCGAGUCUACUAAGGUGAAAUUAAGGGCUGGGUUGGUUGGACCUCAUAAGCCACAUUAAAGUUGUAUGCAACUUGAAAAGAAGCGAUCCGUCGUGUAGCUGUGAAGUUUUUAUUCUACUGGUCUCCAGAGAAGAUUUCAGUAAUGAAAAGUAAUAGACAAAGGGACAUAAACUUUCACGUGGCUUCAGAAAAACAAGCAAAUCUCUAAUCUCAUGCUUAGUAUAAUUUCCUUUCCUAAAUGGAAACUGGGAUCAAAGUCUAAGGUACUUUAAAACAUUAUUAAAGAAUAGAAAUUAAGUGUGGACAGUUGCAGUUCAUGUUUCUUUCUCUGAGAGUUCCUCAACAGUUACCUAGGUGGAAUGUACCUGAAGACUAUAGGCUUGUUUUUAAUACCUUUUUAAGAAAACCUUCCUUGAAGAAUUGACUCUGAUUAUCUUCAUCAGCAAUCUAAACCUAAGGUAUUUGGGCUUCUGUACAUAAAAAUGCUUGGCUGUAUUUGCAGUGUAUAUAUAUAUAGGUCUGUCUUCCAUGUUAUUUUACCAAGAAUUUUUUUAACUCUACAGUCCACGGUAGGAAUGAUGCAACUCAAACAUGUUUUUUAUUUAACCUCCUCUAAAUGGUUUGUCUAAAGAUUCUUUUAACUAUCAUAGCUAUGGCCCAAUUCAUGUGCUUGCUAGUGACUUUUUGUUCUUCCUUGCCUAGGUAGUAACAGCUGUUGCAUCCUGGAAAAUCUCAAAUCAUAAUGAUUAAAAUAGUUGGAGGUAAAGUUGUAGCUCAUAAGCAACAAUACUUGGAAGUGGAAAAUGUAUAGUUUCAUUGAUCUGAUUAUUAUAUUUCAGAUGAGAAAUGGAAGUGGUUCUUAACAGGUUUUUUUCAUUGUUUAUUUUGAGGGGGGCGUGGGGGGCUUUUUUGUUCUUUGGGUUUUCUGGGUUUGUUUGGUUUUUUUUAUUUAUACACUUGAUUCCUGUAAUACAAUACAAUGCUAUAAUGGUUUGCCUUGGAAGAAAAUACAACACAUGAAAUCCAAGAAUAAUGGUCCUUCCGGCUACGAGGGGGAGAGGGUAAUGGUUAUUACUAAUGAAUUUGGUAGGCUUGCAUUUCUCAGGCAGUGAUUAUUCUGCUUGCAGGUACAGUAUAAAUAUGUUGUAUUAUUAAGGUGGCUUAGUAACCAAACCAAGCAUUUGUGUAUUGACUUGCCAAGAUUUUUGACUGUCGAAUCUUUCUUGAACAUCCAGCCUCUUAAGAGACCACCUCUUCGGGAGUCUAAACUAUGCAUGAUGAACAUUGUAUUUUAUUAAGGAAUGGCCAUUGGUUUACUCACCACAUCUAUGGAAUUGUGGCUGUAAAUAUAGUUGCUUACAAAACUC